AUGGGUGUUGAUGUAGGCCGCAGGGUUAAUUUACCUGUUUCAUUUAUAGGAGGAUCGCGUGAUAUGCGAAGAAGGUACAUGGAUGCCAUGUCACUUGUGCAACGAUUUGGCAAGCCUGAUUUGUUUAUAAUAGUCACAUGUAAUCCUAAUUGGCCUGAGAUUAAAGAACUUCUCAAAUAUGUCGAUAAACCACAAAAUAGGCCAGAUCUUCUAGCUCGUGUUUUCUAUGCUAGACUUGAAGAGCUAAAAAAUGACAUCUUUAAGAGACACAUUUUUGGAGAAGUCAUAGCAUAUGCAUAUGUGUUUGAGUUUCAAAAAAGGGGACUUCCACAUGCUGACUUUCUAAUCACUUUGAAGAGCAAAUUCAAAAUUACAACUCCUGCUCAUUGUGAUGGAUUUAUAUCUGAUGAGUUUCCUAAUAAAGAAACUGAAGCCCACUUGUACAAUCUGAGAAAGAAGAAAGAAGUCAUAGGCAGACUUGUGACAGUCAAUCCAACUAAAGGAGAGCGUUACUAUUUACGCUUAUUACUGAUGAAUGUUAGGACACCCAAACAAUUUGACAACAUAAAAACUGUCAAUGGCAAUCAAGCAGUGACAUUUCGUGAGGUAGCUGAAAAUUUGGGUUUCUUAUAUGGGGAUCAUAUUGUUGAGAAGUGA